UCACCACUAUGCAGUUUAGGGCUUUUGCAAGGGUUUAACAAAAAGCCGAAGAAAUAAAUCCUUAGAAACUCCAAACUUGCAAAAAUCCCUCGAAACUAAUCGAAGUUCCGCCAUGAAGAAGGCUUCACUUUCACUUAUUUCGAAGUUAAACCGCCAAAGAUUCAGGGGAAUUUCCCCUCUCCUAUCCAGAGAUUACAUUUCUGUUAAUUCUCCAUCAUCAUCAUCACCAUCACCGCUUCACUCAAGGGACCAUCGUAUCCAGUUCUGUGCCAAAACCCCUGGCUUAGUCUACCCAUGUCGCAACCUCGGUACCCUUGUGGAAAAACCGAACCAAUUGCCCUCUAGACAGAGAAAACUGAAAGAAAAAUCUGAUCUUGAGGAAGCUUUUGAGUCCGCUAAAACCUCUGAAGAAAUGCUCAGAGCAUUUAAAGAUAUGGAAGCUUGUUUUGAUGAGAGAGAGCUGGGGUUAGCUUCAUUGAAAAUUGGACUCAAACUAGACCAAGAAGGUGAAGACCCUGAAAAGGCUCUAUCUUUUGCUGACAAAGCAUUGAAAGCGUUGGAUCAAGAUGGUAAACCCUCGAUACUAGUUGCCAUGGCUUUACAACUGAUGGGUUCUGUUAAUUAUAGUUUGAAAAGGUUUAAUGAUAGUUUAGGGUAUCUUAAUAGGGCUAAUAAGUUGCUUGGUAGGUUAGAGGAAGAGAGGGUUGCUAGUGUCGAGGAUAUUAGGCCAGUGAUGCAUGCGGUGCAGCUUGAGUUGGGAAAUGUGAAGACAGCUAUGGGGAGGAGAGAGGAGGCUCUUGGAAAUCUUAAGAAGGCUUUGGAGAUUAAGGAGAUUACUUUGGAGAAGGAUUGUAAGGAAUUGGGGGUGGCUUAUAGGGAUUUGGCUGAAGCUUAUGCUUCGGUUCUAAAUUUUAAGGAGGCUUUGCCUUUUGGUUUGAAAGCGCUGGAGAUUCAUAGAAAGGAGCUGGGCAAUAAUUCAGUGGAGGUUGCUCAUGAUAGGAGGAUCCUUGGGGUUAUUUAUACCGGUAUGGAGGAGCAUGAGAAGGCAUUGGAGCAAAACGAGUUGUCACAAAAGAUUUUGAAGAAUUGGGGUCUUAGUUCGGAGUUGCUCCGAUCAGAAAUUGAUGCUGCUAAUAUGCAGAUUGCUUUGGGGAAGUAUGAUGAGGCUAUUAAUACUUUGAAAGGUAUAGUUCAACAGACAGACAAAGAUAGUGAGAACCGAGCUCUGGUGUUUAUAUCGAUGGGAAAGGCUCUCUGCAAUCAAGAAAGAUUUGCAGACUCAAAGAGGUGUUUGGAGAUUGCUUGUGGAAUUCUUGACAAGAAAGAGACUGUUUCUCCAAUUGAAGUUGCCGAGGCAUACUCAGAGAUAUCAAUGCAAUAUGAGACUAUGAACGAGUUUGAGAUUGCAAUUUCGUUGUUAAAGAGAUCAUUGGCUUUACUAGAGAAGCAACCUCAAGAGCAGCACUCUGAGGGAAGUGUUUCUGCUAGAAUAGGGUGGUUACUCCUUUUGAAAGGUGAGGUGCCACAAGCAAUUCCUUACUUGGAGAGUGCAGCAGAGAUAUUAAAAGAGAGCUUUGGUUCCAAGCAUUUUGGGGUCGGCUAUAUCUAUAACAAUUUGGGAGCAGCAUACUUGGAAUUAGAUAGACCUCAGUCAGCAGCACAGAUGUUUGCAGUUGCAAAGGACAUCAUGGAUGUCUCACUUGGUCCUCAUCAUGUGGAUUCAAUAGAAACUUGCCAGAAUCUUUCUAAGGCAUAUAGUGCAAUGGGAAGCUACCCCCUUGCAAUUGAAUUCCAGCGGCGAGUAGUUGAUGCCUGGGAAGGUCACGGAGCAAGUGCAGAAGAUGAACUCCGAGAAGCUCAACAUAUCCUUGAAGAGUUAAAGACAAAGGCCCGUGGUACAUCCACCAACCAGUUUCCUACAAAGGCCUUGCCUUUGCCACAACAUAGUCUUGCUUCCAGAAAUUCGCACCCUAAUGUUUCUUUUAACCAGAACUCAGCCGGCUCAAUGCGGUAGACUUAUAGUAUUAUUAGGUUUUGUGAUCUCAAUGUUAGUGGAAUGUCUCAUUGAGCUUGACUUUGUCAUUGAUAUGGUUAGGAACACUUUUGUUCUUUAUUAUUAUACAUCAUGUUCAGCUGGUCAAUUUAAGCACCCAUAUAGAACUACUUUCUUUUCCCCACCCUCCUUGAAAACAAGUUUAGACAUGAAUUUGUUGCUAAUUAACAAACAAGUUUUGUGUAGGAAAGUGAGGCAAUGUUUGUGUUUCAUUUUUCUCCAAAGCAGCAGGCUUUCUCUUUAAUGAAAUAAGCUUUUUGUUUUCUUUGCAAA